AUGGCACCACACGCAGAAGAGGCCGUCGGUCACGCGAAUGGGUUCGAAGCGAAGGCAACUCCCAAGGAUCUCUUUGUCGUCAGCUCUCCUAACGUAGAAUACACCGAGGAUACUAUCAAGUCAAAGUACACUUACCGUACCACCGACGUUACCAAGAACGACGACGGCAAGUAUGUAGCUAUCCCCAAGGAGACGCUCUACGACUUCAAGGUCGACCGCAAGAUCCCCAAGACUGGUGUUAUGCUGGUUGGCUGGGGCGGCAACAACGGUACUACGGUCACGGCCGGCAUCAUCGCGAACAAGCGUAACCUCGUUUGGGAGACCAAGGAGGGCAAGCGUGGCGCUAACUACUAUGGUUCGGUCAUCAUGGGAUCAACCACCAAGCUCGGUGUCGACAGCAAGACUGGUCAAGAGAUUCACAUCCCAUUCCAUGACCUCCUGCCUAUGGUCCACCCCAACGACCUCGUCGUUGGCGGAUGGGACAUCAGCGGGAUGAACCUCGCUGAGGCCAUGGACCGCGCCAAGGUUCUGUCACCGUCCCUCAAGUCUCUUGUUCGCAAGGAGAUGAGCGCCAUGAAGCCUCUUCCUAGCAUCUACUACCCGGACUUCAUUGCUGCCAACCAGGAGGAACGUGCCGACAAUGUUCUCGAAGGUACCAAGGCUUCCAAUGCCCAUGUUGAGCAGAUCCGCAAGGACAUCCGUGACUUCAAGUCUGCCAACGGUCUCGACAAGGUCAUUGUGCAGUGGACUGCUAACACUGAGCGCUAUGCCGACAUCGUCGAGGGCGUCAACGACACGGCGGACAACCUGCUCAAAGCGAUCGAAUCUGGUCACGAAGAGGUUUCCCCGUCGACUGUCUUUGCUGUGGCUUCCAUUCUUGAGGGUGUUCCCUUCAUCAACGGUUCCCCUCAGAACACGUUCGUUCCUGGUGCUAUCCAGCUCGCCGAGAAGCACAACGCCUUCAUUGGCGGUGACGACUUCAAGUCGGGUCAGACCAAGAUGAAGUCGGCCCUCGUCGACUUCAUGAUCAGCGCCGGUAUUAAGCUCACCUCGAUUGCCUCCUACAACCACUUGGGCAACAACGACGGCAUGAACCUCAGCUCUCAGAAGCAGUUCCGCUCCAAGGAGAUCUCCAAGUCCAACGUCGUCGAUGACAUGGUCGCUGCCAAUAACGUUCUGUACAAGGAAGGCGAACACCCCGACCACUGCGUCGUCAUCAAGUACAUGCCUGCUGUUGGAGACGACAAGCGCGCUCUUGACGAGUACUACGCGGAGAUCUUCCUCGACGGCCACCAGACCAUCAGCUUGUUCAACGUUUGCGAGGACUCUCUCCUGGCUUCGCCUCUGAUUAUCGAUUUAGUUCUGGUCGCUGAGAUGAUGACCCGUGUCCAGUGGAAGGCCCACACUGCCGAAGGCAGCGAUGGCAAGUUCAACAACUUCCACAGCGUGCUCAGUGUCCUCAGCUACAUGCUCAAGGCUCCUCUCACUCCUCCUGGCACCCCUGUUGUCAAUGCUCUUGCCAAGCAGCGUGCGGCUCUCACCAACAUCUUCCGCGCCUGCGUCGGACUUGAGCCAGAGAACGACAUGACCUUGGAGCACAAGCUCUUUUAG